GGGGAAAGGUAGUUUCUGCAGUCACGCGCAGUUUAUCCGCGUUUGGGCUCCGGGCUUUGCAGAGGGAAUGAAGACCUUGCUGGCGCCUGAGCUCCGUGGCAAAGAGCAGGAUGCGGCAAGACCUCUUUCUGGACCUUCCAGGACUCCAGCAGUUGGCGGGGAAAACUGCGCGUAAUCCCCGCCCCCGAGCAGCUUUGGCGCGAGUCGGCGGAGCGUUUGGUCUUUGCUCCUGCGUCCCGCGGAAAGAGGCCGCGCUGCGCCUUUCGAGUGGCAAUUCCGCCGUCGGCAGCAUGGACCCCUUCGGCCUGCAGGUAGGGGCGUCGGGGUGAGAAUUAAGACUUGGGGGCCACGAAGUUCCGCUGGAAUCACUGGAAUUGGCUUGCGAGUAAAAAUGCAUAGGAUGGGGGGCUGCGCGGAUGAAGAGAACAGGCGCAGCUUCCCGAGACCCUUUUCAGCCACAGCAAUUUUUAAUUAAUUUUUUUAUAUAGUUUGCUCUUCACCGGGCAUUUUAAAUCCCUAAGUUGGAAAAGGUCCCACAAGCUGCUUUAAAAGAAGCGAUGAACUAUGAAACGUGGGGUGUUCUGGAUUUUUUUCAAAUGCAAACAUAGCCGGGGUUGUUCGUUUUGUUGUUUAUUUGCUCUUAUUUUUCAAUGGCAUGAAAGCGUGCUUUUGGAUCGCGGCCAUGCCAGCUGCGAGCGUUCCUCAUGCAUCAGGAUCGCGCCUUUCACGCUGCAAUCCUGCGUACGUUUAGUAGGAACUGAAGAGCGAAUAAUAAUAAUAAGUAAAAAUAAAUAAAUCAUGCGCUAGAAAUAUACCCAGGGAGUGUCUAUUUUGGUUCUAGCAACUAACAAGUUUGUGGAGCAGUCCUGAGAUUUCUGGAAAUAGGUGGAGGAAGGCGGCUGGCUUUUAGGGCAAGCUGCGACUCGUUUUGGUUUAACCCCGGUGUCUUAUUCUCCGGGCCCCUUCCAAGGAGAAGGGAGCGUGUUUGAUGGUCUUCCAUAAUGUUUUUAAGCAUUGCAUCCCCCGGAAUCCCCUGCAGUUUUGAAUGGGGGGAGAGCGCGCGCAGCCCCGGGGUCCUGCAAAAACGGCACGCGCCGACUCGGAAGGCGGCCCCGUGGAACUCAUUGGGGUUCACUUUGGAGUAAGCCAAAAGCAACGCUGUGCAUUUUUGGUGCGCUUUUUAAAUAGGGAGCCGUGCUUCCGCCAGCCUGACCAAACAUUUUAUAGCAAAACGUCUCUCCCCCCCCCCCCCCGGGUGUUACUUCCCCUCUUGUUCCGGGAUAUUUUUCCAACUGCAAGCUUUCUUGGGGAGAAAAAUGGGACCAGGAAAACCACUGCCAAUUCAGGGGGCAAUCUCGUUCGUAUACUCCACUCCUCUCAUGCAAAAGAUGGAGGAGGGCCUCUUAUCCCUCCCUUCCCCGCAAGGCAGCGGAGGGGGGCGAGCCCCUCUUUUCCCGCUCUUUAGCGCGCUCCCCCAUAGCGCUUCUAUCUUCUCUCCGCCCGCCCGCCAGCCACGUGAGCCGCCUGGGACUUUAGGAUUCACCCCUUUAUGUCUCCUUAUGGCCGCUGCCAGCCCGGGCUGUGGGGACCCAGGAGGCAGCUAUGGGGCUGGCGAAGGUGGAUACAACUCUGUAAAGUUCCAUCUUUCCGCAAAAGUGUGUGGGGGGGGGGUCUACGUAGCUGCUUUGAGGUAGAACCCGCAGCGCAAGCAGCUGAAACGGCCGUUGGAGCAAAUGGGGAGUCGGGGAGAGAUUCAUUGAGUCCUCAUUUGUACUUACUCAACUUGUGAAUAAUCUUUGCCUUCUUGCAGCAUUUAACUCACGAACAGGCUCUGGCCUGCCUGGGAGGCUUGUUUUCAGGCCUAAAAGCGGCUCCCCCCCCCCAUAAACACCUUAAUCCCAGAUUUAUGACUCUUGCAUGUGUAAUUAUGGUUACAGUAACUCAUUGGAAAGGAAAGUCACUAGUCUAGUCGUCCCAGGCAAGGUUUUGCUAAUUUAUUGGUUCUUUGUGCUUCAUGAUGGAGCUCAGGAAUUGGAAGAACAGAUUUCAAAGCAAAUAUGUGGCUCAGAACAUGCCUUGUUUCCCAAACUUGGGUCUCCACAUGUUUUUUUGAACUACAAUUCCCAUCAUCCCUAGAUAGCAGGACCAGUGGUCAGGGAUGAUGGGAAUUGUAGUCCAAAAACAGCUGGAAAGCCAAGUUUUGGGAAACAUGGGUCUAGCUUGGAAUUCCUUCAAGGCCUGACAGUGUUACUUGCAUGUUUUUCAGAGCACCUAAUACAGUGCAGAUACUAGAAUUAACUUCUUAAUUACUGAGUGGUUCACUUAUGCUGACCACUUGGAUUUUUUUUUUAAACUGCCCUAUCUCCAAGGACCUAAGGACCCUGUAUAUGGUGUUUCACUUCCACAUGUUUAGCCUCACAUUGACCCUGGGAGGUAGGUAGGUUGGACUGAGAUAUGUGAGUGGCUUAUAUGAAAAGUUCACUCGUGAGUUUCAUAGCUGGUCUCCCAAGUCCUAUCCCUGUACUCUAACCACUAUACCACACUUGCUUUCUAAUAGUCCAGUUAUCCUAAAAGUUGACACCUUCACCCUGUACCACACCAGCUGUUUUCUUUAUUUGCCUCCUAAUUUUAAACUUAGCUGCUCACAGUUAAGCUCCAUUGAAUUGAAUGGGGAACACAUCUGAGGAAGAGUCUUUAGAGUGAUAAACGUUAUACUAAAGUCUAUGCUUUGGAUGUGUUCCUCUCAAGUUUUAGAAAUCCUAUACAUUUUUUUAAAAGGUCUGCAUGAAGUGGGAAUUACUUUUGCACUUUCCAAACUAUAUGAUAUUAGUAGGGAUAUGAGAAAACUAUUACUAGGGCUGCUAUCUUUUGCCCAUUUGCCCGCAACUGUUGUCCACUCAGAAAUAAGCUUCAUUGAGUUCAUCUGGUAGACUAUAUAAGGAUCCUGUGCUUCAUAUUUACAAUUAAUUUUAUUGUCACUCAUCUGUGUGUUUUUGUUUUGUGCUGGUGUGCUUGGUUUGGACAGUUUUCUGACAUAGUUGAUGUUGAACAUCCUGGAUCAUUUGCAGGAGCUUUGCAAAAAGUGUUUUGGCUCCAUGCACUUUGAAUACAAAAUAUCUGAUGGUGUUUGUCUUAAUAAAAAAAAAAUGCAAUUAUUGUGAACAACCACAUUUAUGUAGGAGUAAGAUGCACUGAAUUUCCUGGGACUUGCGGUGUUAGCCAAGUGUGUAGCCCAAACCCUUUCUUCAGUUAGACUGCAGAAUGUUAUCAUGUAUGGCUACAUAAAAUAGUUAAGUAAUUGUGAAGACAGUCUGAUAAGGAUGGAGUGAUAUUUGAGGAAAUCUUGAAAGGCUUCGGUGCAUAAGUGAUAAUGUACAAAGGUAAACUUAAAUGGGCAAAAAAGGGUUUCAUAUAAUAGUUCGUCUUCGUUUCCAAUAAAUGUUCAUGUCUUUAGAAAAAUGUCGAUAUUUUUGAAGUUUGCAUAUCCAGGCAUUAUGUGUGGAACACACCUCUGAACUCCAAAGUUGGAUUAGUAACUCACAUAAUGGCUCAUUUACCUGGUGGACAGGUAAACUUGUAACCUGCAAUAAGAGCCGCUUUACCUAUAACUCUUCAGCUGCACCAAGCUGCGCAGCCACAGACUGAAUUUGCCACGCUACUGCCAAAUCUGGGUUAAUUAAAAUUUGUGGCAGUGGAGUCACAUGAAUGGCUGGCCAUAAGCUGAAGUGGUUGGGAGUGUUAAAGAGUAGGUUGGAUGAGAAAGCACAGCUGCCAUUGGCUGAAACAGUCAAAUGAAUAAGGUUGGCAAACUUAGCAAGGAAAAGGCGCAUUUCCUAUUUUUUGCCAUGCUAUUGCUUCAAUAACUGGAACUGACAGAUACGUUUUACAUUUUAGAAAUGUAAGACACAGCUGAAAUCUUUGUUUUAGACUGGAUGAUUGAAUUACCCCCCCCCAAAACACACACACACACACACACACACACACACACACACACACCUUACAAUGACUGUUGACAAGACACUUGAAGAUUAUGGGAGGAAUUCAAUUUAGCACUAUGGCAAUCAUUCAGCCUGUGGUAGUUUUUCAUUUCGCCAGACUAAGCAAUCCCCCCCUCUUCUGAUGCACUUGUUUUUGGGGUUCUCCUGACCUCCCUUUUAUGGUAUGCACAGGGGGGAGGGGAGGGGGAGUCCUGAUAUGCAAGGCUUCUGAUAGCAGGACUUGAAUUCUGCCCCAAAAUUUCCUAUGAAAAUAUAUAUGGUGAAAAUGCCCCCUCUGCCUAAUAAAUAAAAUGCCCAAUUUUUACUCCUGCAAAAUAUGCAAAAUAUGGUGAAAAUGUUAGCUUUGUGAUGCAGUCUAAUAUGUAACAGCUCUUCGCUAUCUAGUGUGAUCAAGUUUAAGCAUUGUGAGAUUGCUCUAGAGAACUAAUCUUAUUAUAGAAACCUAAUUGAACUACCAUCUUCAUUUUGUAGGGAAGGAAGAAGCCCACAGCAUUCCGCAAUACAAAACUGAUCCCCAUGGAAACCUCUUCAUCCUCUGAUGACAGUUGUGACAGUUUUGGCUCUGAUAAUUUUGCAAACACGGUAAGUAAAAAGUGCGAGAAUAAACAGAAUCGAAUGUGCGGUGCGGAAAAAUGCCCCAUCCGUGAUUAAAAUGCUUUGCUUACAUUUCUAUACAGCAGUUAUGAAUAUACAGUAUGUACUGUAAUUUCAUUUCGCUUUCCCCCUUGUGCUUCUAGGUAGUAAUUGUUGGAGGUAGAUUAGCCACUUAUUCUAUCCUUUUGAAAUGUCGCCUAACCUAACAUGCCUGAUGAUUUGCUGUAACAGCUCUGAAACCAUUUGUAAACCCCCUGAAACAUUUUUCUUUGUUACAAAAGCUAUUCUCUUGUAGUGCACUUGUAAAAUGUGAUUUGCUCUCUGAACAGUUUAUGGAAAAUAGGUUCUCUUGAAAAAAAGAGAGAGAGAGAGAGCAAGAAAGAAAAAUAGAAACACCUAGUGUACUUUAUUCUUUUUUAAAGAAACGGAGCUUCAAGCCAGAAGUUGCAGAGGAGAUAGCAAAAAUAUUUUAUGAGGAUUCGGAUGAUGAAUCAUUCUGUGGUUUUUCAGAAAGUGAGAUUCAGGAUGUGCUGGUGAGUUGUACUGUUUAACUUGCUAAUUGCAUUCACACUGCAUGUGCAUGCUGAUGCCAAAAUAAUACUCUGCAAGCUAAUGCAUGAUGAUUGACUAAAGCUACAAUCCUGAUCUCACUUACCUGGGAACAAACCCCAUUGAAUUCAGUAGGACUUAGUUCUGAGUAGACAUGGUUAGGAUUGUGCUGUAAGUCUUGGGAAUCGAGAGCCAGCAAUUGAUUGCACACGGAAGCAGCCUGCUCCCUUGUUCAGCUUAAAUCAAAUAAUAUUGGCAUUUGUAGCAAACUGUGCUUUGGGCAGCCAAUCCCAGUGAGACUAGCUGUCCUGCGCUGAUCAGCUGAUUGGUGCUCACAGAAAGCCUCCCUUGGCCAAGAAGUAAUCAGAUGUGCUCUUUAUGGCUCUCAGUUGUCCUUUUGCAGCCAUGUCUUUUCCGGCCCACACCUGACUUCACAUUUAAUUAUCGUUUAUUGAAUUUGUCAGUCACUUUAUCUUGCCCAGGGCAACCUAAAGCAGUUUACGACGAAGUAGACAGACAGACAAAAACAACAAUAACCACCCAUAUAGAUAAAUUAAAACCUAGAGGAAAAGAAAUAUAUUAGAACACCCCCAACCACUUUUCCAAGGCCACAGGCUUGGUUAUAGAAGAAAGAUUUUGCCUGGCACUUAAAUAUAUAUAUAUAAUGAUGGCACCCGGAGAGCCUUACUGGGGAGAGCGUUCUACAAAUGAAGCCACCGCAGAACAGGCCUGUUCUUCUGUUGCCCCACCCUCCAGGCUUCUCAUGGAGGUGGUACACAAAGAAGGGCUUCAGGGUGAGUGUGAGGCUUGCCAACUGGUAGAAAGAAGCAUUUCUCUGCCACAUGCAGUCCUGUGUUGGACAUGAGGCUGCUCCUUACUAAAGAAAAAUGGUUUUAGAAAUACUGUGAUAUCCCAUGGGGGCUGGUUGUUGUUCUUGUGGAGACCUGCACUAUUACUAAUAAUAAUGAUAAUGAUAAUAAUAACGUGAUUUGAUUGCUCUGUUGUGGUUAUACGCUGCUUUGCAGUUCCCCUGUUUUUCUCUUUUGGCUCUUCCAAAAUAGAAGUUUUGGCUUUGGACCUUUUAAAAAAAUUAGCAAAGUCAAUCUGAAGGGAGAAUGAGGCGGCUUCCUCAAAACCAGGUUUAUGUACAGUGAGACAACUUGUGCUUUCUGCAAGCUAACCUUGGUUGUUGAUGUAAAUGCACUUGAAUUUGGAAUGGUUCUGAGAAGCCAUAAUUGAGAUGGUGGAUCCUGUUGCAACCAUAACUAACUCUUGAUUUCACAACUCCCAUUUUUUUUAAAACCCUGAAUAGAAACUGGAUACAGACUCGGAGGAAAAUAUGAGCGACGGAGAUAAAUUUUCAUGUAAGAGGCCACGGAAGUGCUCUGUUCCUCUUAAAGUUGCUAUGAAGUUUCCACUUCGAAGAUCUAAGAGGGGGAAGAGCGAAAUAAUUUUAGCCCCAGAACCUCCCUCCGAACUGGAAUUGGACUCUGAUUCCGAUGAAGAAAGAGGCCCAAAAUUCUUAGAGAAAAGGGCUUUAAAUAUAAAGGAGAAUAAGGCCAUGGUAGGUACAAAGAAAUGUCCUCAUGCAUGUUGAAUUGUUGCUGUUUUUCUUGACCAAGUUGUAACGUAAUGAGCUAGAGUUCCAUUGCAUUAAUAAAAACAUGUGCCGCUUCUUAAUAUUCCAUUUGCGCAUGGUAUUCUACAUGCCACUCCAUUCAAAAUAUUUUUACCCAGUUUUAUUUGUUACCAUUCUUAGAACAUUUCUGAAAUUGCAGUCAAGUGACUUGAUUUGAAAUAGGAUUUAUCCAACCACAUACCUAGUGCUGUCCAUCUUCCUGGUUUAAAGAACCUCUUAAAUAGCCCUUGUACACUUUCUGAAUGAUUAGUCUCAGGCUGGACUCCCAUCAGGAACCAGUUCCAAAAGGCUUUAGUGAAGAAGGGCUGGCUCUUCUUCAACAUAAUUGAACACCUCUCACUCCCCACCCCAUUCAGAAAAGCCCUUCCACUGAUGAACUCAGAGUCUACCACUUGUAAAUACAGUGGUACCUCGGGUUAAGAACUUAAUUCAUUCUGGAGGUCCGUUCUCAACCUGAAACUGUUCUUAACCUGAGGUACCACUUUAGCUAAUGGGGCCUGCCGCCAGCACGCGAUUUCUGUUCUCAUCCUGAAGCAAAGUUCUUGAACCGAGGUACUAUUUCUGGGUUAGCGGAGUCUGUAACCUGAAGCUUCUGUAACCUGAGGUACCACUGUAGAUACAGGCGGGCCACCACCCUGGUGCCUGCUAGCACUGGCUUGGCCAUCCUUGGUGAGAUGUUUCUGAAUUAACAUCCCGUCAAAAUCCCAUAGUAGCAUAAACUUCUUGACACGAAACCACUUACAUUCUAUGUUACCUUUUACAGCUUGCAAAACUAAUGGCAGAAUUAAAAAACGUGCCUGGAAUUUUUACAAGGAAAGGUCCCCUGGCAACUCCAACUUUGGUAAGUCGCAAUCAUUUACUUCUUGUUGUUUUUAAAAAGUCAUUUACAGUUUACAGUGGUACCUUUGGUUACAAACUUAAUUUGUUCCGGAGGUCCAUUCUUAACCUGAAAAUGUUCUUAACCUGAGGUACCACUUUAGCUAAUGGGGCCUCACACUGCCGGCGCACAAUUUCUGUUCUCAUCCUGAGGUAAAGUUCUUAACCCGAGGUACUAAUUCCAGGUUAGCGGAGUCUGUAACCCAAAGUGUUUGUAACCUGAGGUACCACUGUAACUUGAUAAGCCAAAUGCAGUGAAUUCCAGUUCCUUAGAACUUAACUGUGUGAUAAAAAAUGCCGCCACCUGCUAUUACUAGUUGUUUUUUUAAUUGGUCACUCCCUAAUAUUUCAGUUCAGUUAAAAGCACCUGCAAGUCUUUAUAUCUAAAACAAACAAAGCAAAGUCCUGCUCAGUUGCAUAUUUUACCUACGCGCUUGCGUAGAAAUAAAAAUGAGUCUAAAGUUCAAAUAAUUGAUCUCCUGACUUUCCCUGCAUGCAAACAGUAUUUGGAUGAUAGACAACGGUCACUGAGGUCUGCUUUGUAUGCUUAAGCCCAUUGAUUUUGAUGGUGUGGUGGUUGGGGUUUGCAGUACAGUGGUACCUCAGGUUAAGUACUUAAUUCGCUCCGGAGGUCCGGAGAACCUGAAACUGUUCUUAACCUGAAGCACCACUUUAGCUAAUGGGACCUGCUGCUGCUGCGCUGCCAGAGCCCGAUUUCUAAUCUUAUCCUGAAGCAAAGUUAUUAACCUGAAGCACUAUUUCUGGGUUAGCAGAGUGUGUAACCUGAAGCGUAUGUAACCUGAGGUACCACUGUACACCAGUAAAGCCAAUGCAGUGUUACUACCUAUGCCACUGCCCUGACCUUGCCACUGCCUUUCCCUUCACUGUUCUGGUAAGUGGCAGCGAUGCUGCUGUUGGGAGACUAUUGCCUUUGCUCUGCCCCACUGAGAAAGCCGCUGGGAAGCUGGAAGUCUGUAUUCCAUUCUGAGGCCUCAUGCGAAUACUUGUAGUGGACGGACUUCUCUUCUGUGCAUGAGUUGUGCAGAGAAGGAAAACUGUAAGACCUAUAUGGUUUUCUUACUUCUGCCAAAACUCAACCGUACGCCAUUGUUCCUUGGUUUCCCCUUGCUUCCUCCAGCUUGGUUUGUCUCAUAUUCCGCUGAUAGUGAAUUGAGCCCAUUUAGUACCGCAUGGGAUGCGGGUGGCGCUGUGGUCUAAACCACUGAGCCUUGGGCUUGCCGAUCGGAAGGUCAACGGUUUGAAUCCCCGUGACGGGGUGAGCUCCCAUUGCUCGGCCCCUGCCCCUGCCAACCUAGCAGUUCAAAAGCACGUCAAAGUGCAAGUAGAUAAAUAGGUACCGCUCCGGCGGGAAGGUAAACGGCGUUUCCCUGCGCUGCUCUGGUUCGCCAGAAGCGGCUUAGUCAUGCUGGCCACAUGACCCAGAAGCUGUACACCAGCUCCCUUGGCCACUAAAGCGAGAUGAGCGCCGCAACCCCAGAGUCGUCCAUGACUGGACCUAACGGUCAGGGGUCCCUUUACCUUUUAGUACAGCAUAGUAAACCAUGGUUAAAGAAGCCUAACCAUGGUUCAGUGUGGUAUCUAGUUAAUGUCUUCAGAGGUUGCCCUGCUCCAGAGGGGAAGCUGCAUCAGAGAAGCAAGAAUGUUGAGUGGCUGGAAAGUGGAAGUGGAUAAAGCACUCCAAACCAUGGUUGCCACUAUUUUUAUUUGGAGGCAGGCAUGGUUUGGGUUCUGAAGUACAGCCAGCACAAACCAUAGUGUCUGGUUCCUUACACUUUUAACUUGAUCACUGAGAUCUUCCAAUGAGGGCACUUAACCCAUGCUCCUAGGGUUUGGUCGGCCUUCCAAGCAGCCAGCCCUUAGUGUGGAAUGCCCUGCCAGUAGGAGUUGGGAAGGAAUCAUCCCUUGUUUCUUUUAGAUAGGGGUGGUCCAACUUUUCAUACCAACUUGGCUGCAAGAGUACUUCAACAUGGAAGCCGCGGGCCACACACGGGCUUGAUGCCCAGGGGUGGAAGGAGCAGGGCCAAAAUUUGACACCCCCACCAAGCCCUUGUGCUGCCUUCCCAAAGCCGGCCAAGUGAGGUCUCGGGCUUUGAGAAGGGGGCACAGGGCUCUGGCAGGGUCCUAGAGCCCUCCCAGCUCCCUCCUAAAGUUGGGAAAGUGCUAACUCUCCUUUGGGAAGGUAGAGGGAGGAUUCUAGGACCCUGUCAGAGCUCUCACACCUCAAUCCUAAAGCCCAGUGCCUCACUUAAGGCUUUGGGAAGGCAGCACGAGGACUUGGGGGGGUGUCAAAUGUUGCUGAGGGCCGCCAAAAAAGGCACUGGGGGCCAUGUGUUGGACCAAUUGUUUUAGAUGUCUUUUAAAACUGGUCCCAUUUAGACAGGCCUUCAAAAUGUGUUUCUCCCCCCACCAACCAGUCAUUAUUAUUAUUAUUUAUUUUACUGUACUAGUAUGUUUUUAUGUUAACUGCCUUGUUAUGUGUUUUUUUUCUUACGCCUUUUCUUACGUUUUUAUCCCAAACAUGCAAUUUUUAGAUAUUUAAGUAAAUGAUGCCUGAAUUGAGGUUUAGGCUGCAGUGUUGUGCACACUUACCUGGGAGUAAACUUCAUUGAACAUGGCACAUUAAAAUUGUGCCUAGCAAUGCACUGUUAGUUAGAGCUGUAUCUAAGAGAUGGAAAAACAAUGAAAAUUUUAUUUCUGUAUGGUGUGCUUUGAUGAUUUUUUUGGUCCUUUAUUACAGAAACCGCAGCGAUCUCCAAGGAAAUCAUUUCCCAGGCGUUCUUUAAGGAGGAAUCCAGAAAGAAAUGCCAGGCCUCACACAAGAUCCAGGUCCCUGAUCGAAGGUCCUCCAAGCCCUGUUUCGGAGAAGGCGGAUGAGGAGGAGGAUCCGUACUACUUAGUGAGAAGGAAAAUGUCUGAUGAAUACUCUGAGGUCUGAGUUGUUGAUUUUAUUCUAAUUUAGAGCGCAUGAAGUGGUAGAAACCUCUAAAAUAUAAACUUCACCUGCGUGGUUCAAACGCAAAUUAAAGUUCAGUUUUAAUUACGGUGGAACCUUUGUUCUCAAAUGCCUUGGUACUCAAACAUUUCGGCUCCCAAAGCUGAAAACCCAGAAGUAAGUGUUCCGGUUUUCGAAUGUUUUUCGGAAGCUGAAUGUCCGAUUCUGCUGUCGGCUAUUGUUUCCGGGGCGCCUGCGCCAAUCAGAAGUCACACCUUGGUUUUUGAACAUUUCGGAAGUCAAAGAGACAUACGGAAUGGAUUACGUUCAAGAACCAAGGUACCACUGUAUAAGCAUUGAAGAAUACAUAACUAAUUAAGCAAUGAAGACCACAAUGAGCCUAACAAGUGAGACAAAAGAUUUCCUUCAUCUGUUGAGAGGGGCAUACAUGCCCAGAGUUGGACGUGAUUGGGUUGGUUCUCAUACAUAGCACUGUUGACAACAUUUCCGGAAAACAAAAGUCCUUGGAGGAAGCGCAUAGCAAUGAUUCCUUCUGUUGCGUCAUCCUGCUGUCAUUAAUGUGGGCGCUCGACUUCUGCGGAGAGGGUGUGUUAGUGCAAGUUCCUCUGCUGCUUCUCCAUGCAGACAAGAACAAGUUGAAGGAUGGAUGUAUCGGAAACUCAUUGAAACCACUGCAUAUGUGUUACUGGCGAGGGUUUUUUUUUUGUGCGUGUGUGUGUGGCUUAACUUGAGAAAUAUUUAAUUUGAUAUGUUUGGGCUUUUCUACAGGAUGAAUCGGAUGGUCCCAGAAGAAAAAGUUCUAUGACUCUCCCCCAUGUUAUCCGCCCAGUGGAAGAAAUCAGUGAGGAAGAGUUGAAUGGUAUCUGUGAGAGCGCAAGAGAUAAAGUGUAUAAUCGUGUGACGGUAAGAACGCCAGUGUUGUGCCAGCAUAUUCAUUUGCUCUGCCCAGAUAAAAUGAAGUUUAAAUGUUCUGUGUGAGUAGGCAGUAGCUCCUUACACUUAGAAGUUUCCCUGCUCCUUAUUCCAAAACCGAGAAGCUCUUUCUGGCAGGACUGCGGAACUUGCUGCUAGGCUCCAAACCAUCAGCUCCAGCUACAAUGUGCAGUGGUCUGGACUGAUGGGAGUUGAGGCCCAACAGUGUCCAGCGGGCCACAGGUUUCCCUGUCUUAUGGGAGAGUCACCGACCCUUUGCAGAUGAUCAGUAAGAUUAACGGGGCAACUUGGAGCUGUAGGAAGGGGAGAAGGAGGCAUAUAGCUCUGCUUUCUUUGCUUUAUGUUGGACAAAGAUGGGGAAUGUCUGGCCCACCCAGGGGCCAGGUUUGGCCUGCCAAGCCACACCCCCUGCUCUACACCUGAUGAUAUUACAUUGGGGGGGGCAGUACAGUGGUACCUCUGGUUAAGAACUUAAAUUCGUUUCUGAGGUCCGUUCUUAACCUGAAACUGUUAUUAACCUGAGGUACCACUUUAGCUAAUGGGGCCUCCCACUGCCGCCGCCGCUGUGCGAUUUCUGUUCUCAUCCUGAGGUAAAUUUCUUAACCCGAGGUACUACUUCCGGGUUAGCGGAGUCUGUAACCUGAAGCAUCUGUAACCCGAAGUGUUUGUAACCCGAGGUACCACUGUACAAGUUUGGCCAAAAAGGGUUUCUCAGGCAUUGCCCAUCAUUAGUCCCUGUAACCACCCACAACACUGUUGUACAGCAUUUGGGCAGCACCCCACUUUGAGAAGUAUCAAUCACCUGAUGCUAGAUAGUUGACCUAAGAGGAUCUGUGAAUGUGUAGCACCUCUGGAUUUGAGGCCAGUAGUGUCCUUAAUGAAUAGAACAUGUUGCUCAGAUACAAUGCCAUACCAUGUUUUGGAAACUCUUAUGAAUCAUGAAUCAUCCUGUUCUUCUGCACUCUUCAGUUCCCACCUGAAUUUCCAUUUUAGUAGCUGAAUUGUAUGUAACCUGUGACUUGCUACUGAGUCAGACAGUGAGGUAGGGAAAUGGGGAAAAAGAAGAAGGAAGAGUCCAGUUUCAUUUGCCCGCGUCGUUCUUUUCGCAGGGUUCCACUUGCCAUCAGUGUCGGCAGAAGACUAUAGACACCAAGACAAACUGUCGCAAUCCAGAAUGUUUGGGAGUGCGCGGACAGUUCUGUGGACCUUGCCUACGCAACCGCUAUGGAGAAGAAGUCAGGACUGCUUUGCUGGAUCCGGUAAGAUAAAGCUUACCGUAUUUUUCGCUCCAUAAGACCCACUUUUUUCCUCCUAAAAAGUAAGGGGAAAUAUCUGCGUCUUAUGGAGCGAAUGUGUGGUCGAUCACUGGCUCCCUUUCCGGCUCCGCCCCCUUGCCCAGGCCUCCAUUGUUGAAUGUUCUGCAGACAGAGGCUGUUUGUUUCCCCAGCGACAUGUGAUUGAUUAGAUUAUCUGUCUGGAAACUGUAGAAACUGCUCCCUCCUUUUCCUAAAGAAGCUGCAGAACUGUGAGUUGAACCCCAUAAAAAUGGGAUUUUUUUCCCUUUGCAAAGUAAGCUCAACAACUUUGAGCAGAUCCUCAAAAAAACGGGGCUUUUCCCCUUUGCAAAAGAAGCUGCACAACUGUGAGCUGAUUCCCCCCCCCAAAAAAAAACAGAACUUUCCUCCUCUAAAAGCUAGGUGCAUCUUAUGGUCAGGUGCGUCUUAUGGAGCAGAAAUACGGUAAUUUGUUUACUCGUUUUGACGAUGUGGCAGUGUCAGGGACUGGCUGAAUGAGGAAGAGUGAUGGGAGCUGCCCACCCAAGAACCCACCUCAUGGAUGGGUUCUUAGAUGACGUCUUAGACCCCAGAUCCUGGUGGUGGGACACUUGAGGAGCAGUCUGGGGAAGAGAUGAGCUGGGAGGUGCUAGAAGCAAGGGUGGGCGGCCAGGAAAAGGAGGCCCUUCUAGGUCAGGCUUAGAGGCUGAGAGUCACAGUGUGAGGACAGAGAGGAGGCAGAGGUUGCCUUUGCUAUCCAGCGGCAGGACCCUCCCAGUCCUGCUGACACACGGAUCGAGCAACAGGCCAGACAGGUGUACAGGAGGAACCCACCUGCUUGAUGCAGCCUUCUUCCACUUGGGGGAGGGAUCUCGAGUGAGAAGCUAGGGAAGGGCGUGUGGCCAGUGGCCAGUUUCAGCAGCGUCUCCAGUUGGAUUAAGAUGAGCCAGGGGACUGUACUGUGAUGUUAUUUUCCAUUAAUAAGAAUUGCAUUCCAUGCCUCCUGUUCCUGCUGGUGAAUGACCUUGGGCUUGCUUGACAGGGUAGGGUUCACAAAGAAAUCAUUUGAGCUCCUGUGUUUUGUUUAAUAGAUGGGUGCUUUAAUGUUACAAUCCAAAGCAGCGAGUCGUUCCAGAAUUACUAUAAACACAUUCCUUCUCCUCUCUUCUUUCUCCCUCUUUUAGGACUGGCAUUGCCCACCUUGCCGUGGCAUCUGCAACUGCAGCUUCUGCAGGCAGCGGGAAGGACGAUGUGCUACAGGUGUGCUUGUUUACCUGGCCAAGUACCAUGGCUAUGACAACGUCCAUGCUUACUUGAAAAGGUAACUUUGGGCUUCUCUCCUUUCCACCCAAUUCUCCUGUCUUUUGUCGGAGUUUUCAUUUAUUUAUUUAUUGACUAAAAAAGGUUCUUUGAGCAAUUUAUGACUAAGAAGUUGAACCCACAGGUACCGUAUUUUUCGCUCCGUAAGACACACUUUUUCCCUCCUGAAAAGUAAGGGGAAAUGUGUGUGCAUCUUAUGGAGCGAAUGCAGGAGGGAGGCUCUGCUCAGUACUCCCUUUAAAGAGCCGCGUGGAGUGUGUCAGUCCCUUCUUCCUCCUGGGGAAAAGCCCCCAAGAGCCGCAAACGUGCUCCAUGCAGCUCUUUAAAGGGAACGCCAAGCAAGAGCCUAUAUGCAUCCCAGGCUCUGCUCAGCGCUCCCUUUAAAUAAUUUUUUUUUUCUGGAAUUCCCGCUCUAAAAACUAGAUGCAUCUUAUGGAGCAAAAAAUACGGUUAAAAAAUAAAACAUAAGGAGUGGAAUAAAGAAGCCAGAGAAUAUAUAGAGAAUAAAGCCCAGAGUAAAAUGCACAACAAAAAAUAACAUCAGUACAAAAUACCUUGAAAGGUUUUUAGGAUGGUGAAGAUGGGGAAAGGUUUUCACCUUUGCCAGGCGUACCUGUCUGAGGAAGGCCAUUUUAUUACUUGUGCCACCACUGAAAAGGUCCCAUCUUCCUCAUAACCACCUUUUGCACUCGGGGCACCUAGAGAAUGGCCUCGGAGGGUUAUCGUUAAGGCUGCGUGCAUGAUCUGCUGGCUGUAAAAUUUAGUCUAUUAGUCUGGUUUCCUUUGCUUUCGUUAUGCAAAUGUCAGUCUGUUCGGAGGGCGCAAACAGAUUGGUGAAUGGUGUGGAUUAUUUGCAGAAGGCCCCAGUUUCAGCCCACCAUCUACGAAUGAGAGCCAUGAAAAACAAAGAGCUGGAAGGAUGGGUUUUUCACUAAAUGCUGGGUUAGAUUAUUGGUGAUCUUUGUUUUUGUUUAUAAAUAAUAAUUCCGCCCUUUUUAAAUCAAAUUUACAGCCUGAAACAAGAACUUGAAAUGCAAGAAUGAAAUUGGACGUGGUUCUAUGGUCAUCGGCAAAACUGGCGCUAAGGUUGUUUGUUUGUUUUGAAGGUGUUGGUUGCUGUUUUUUAACACAGCAUUCAUUUUCCCCCAAGUUUUAAGAACAAAACCCUUUGUGGCAUUUGGCUGAAGUUCCACAUUACGGGGUGUGAAUUUCUAAUUCCGUUAGGUAGCAGUUUUCCUUUUGUGCUGGAUGCAAUUAGUUGUUACGUGUGUUAAGCCACAGUGUGGCUUCACACAAGGGUUGAAACUUGCAGAAAGAGAUACCUACAGUUGAUUUUUCCUGAAUCUCACUAAGCCAAGCAGCAGGUGGGGUGAAUCUCCACACAACUUAAGGGAUUUACAUGGUUAAGUGUUUCUAUAUCUUGCAGUCUGGAGCUGCUGUCAUCACAACAUCGGUUCAUCCUUUAGGGGUUUCUCAUCCUGAUAUAUCACCCUUUUUUAGAUUUAGCAACAAACCAGAGAAAUCGGGAAUCUGACUGGAAAUACUGUUAGUCUUAACGGAUGUUGCAGGAGAAGAUGACAGUGACAAAGGUGACAUUUCCUAAACUGAAAGUUUUGGUGGGGGUUGAGCCGCUUUGAAUCCAGAGCUAUAAAGGUACAGUUUAUCCUUCAUGCUCAAGAAAGCAGUUAGUUGUUUUUAUCCAUCACAAAGCAUUGAAUAGAUUAAUAAAUGUUACACAGUGCUCCAAAUAGUAGAUUUAAAAAAGGAUGAACAAACUUAGCUGCUGAUAACGUCUUAAAAGUUCUUAAAGCCGCUGUGUUGCUGCGGGCUUGAUCUGAAAUAUGCGAUGGAAAACCAUGUAUGUCUUAAAUUUUGGGGUGAUUCAUGCAGGAGCAAGUCCUUUUAACCCAUCACAUGCAUAGGGCAUAAUGUCUAACAUGGAGCUAUUGUGUGUGGGAUCUUGCACGUUGCAUGAACAGGGGGUAUAGUUAUAUACGCUUAAGCCUUGCAUUGUACUUUAUGCUGGCUGGGUGAUAAGCCAGCAGCUUGCUCUCAUGCUCAUGGUAUGUAUAUAUAGCUCAUCCACGCAAGGGAGCAGGUUGAUGAACGUAGACUGAUCUAGAAGCUGAUAGUCCUGUAUGUUUCAAAGUGCAUUUAGUUAAUAGGCCACAGGACUUACACUUCAAACAGUUAAUAAUGGCUACAAAAUUUCACACUGAUACGGACUCUUGUACAACAGGCGGGAAUUGUGUUCCUAAACCUUAAAGUUGCUUGAGAACGUAAAAGGUGUCCUUUUGGUAGGACAAAAGCAACUUACCACUUAGUUGUUGCUUGUAAUGCUGUCCGCAGUUCUCUACAUGUGUGACACUGUAUACUAAAAAUGGUUGCUGAAAACCUUAUUCCUUGUGUGGAUGGGAUGUGGGGGAAGGGUUGCUAUCCAAUCAUACAUUUUUGGAAGGUAAAAAUCUGCUAUUUUGCAUCUUCUUUUUUUUUUUGACAUGGAUAUAAAAUUCUCACAUGCGUUCUGCUUUUUCAACCUUUUGUAGAAGUUCCCUUAUCAUACAAGAAAAACCUAGUUCAAAACCUGUUCAAAGAUGCUGUUGUAUAUAUGCUAGAUCCUAUGCAAUGUCUGCUCUGGCUUUCUUCAAGCAUAGCAAAAGACUACUGUUAGUUAUGCAUACUGUAAAUGGAUCCUGUGAUCUACAGAGCUCUUAUGUACAAAGUGUAGUUUUGAUAAUAAAAACCUUGCCUAGAAAUAA